AUGGGCGAGUGGUUCCGUGACAAUGGCAAGCACGCUCUCAUCGUCUACGACGAUCUGUCCAAGCAGGCCGUUGCUUACCGUCAGAUGUCCCUCCUCCUCCGUCGUCCUCCCGGUCGUGAGGCCUACCCCGGUGACGUCUUCUACCUCCACUCUCGUCUCCUCGAGCGUGCCGCGAAGAUGAACGACAAGUUCGGUGGUGGAUCCCUCACUGCGUUGCCCAUCAUCGAGACGCAGGGUGGUGAUGUGUCCGCCUACAUUCCGACCAACGUCAUUUCCAUCACGGACGGUCAGAUCUUCUUGGAGGCUGAGCUCUUCUUCCGUGGUGUCCGUCCCGCUAUCAACGUCGGUCUCUCUGUGUCUCGUGUCGGCUCCGCUGCCCAGACCAAGAUCAUGAAGAAGUUCGCCGGUUCGCUGAAGCUCUACCUUGCGCAAUACCGUGAGGUCGCCGCCUUCGCGCAGUUCGGUUCCGAUCUCGACGCGUCGACCCGCUUCCUGCUCUCCCGUGGUGCUCGUCUCACCGAGCUCCUCAAGCAGGGUCAGUACCAGCCCAUGGCGAUGGAGGUCCAGGUCCCCAUCAUCUACGCCGGUGUGAACGGUCUGCUCGAUUCCAUCCCCGUCGACAAGAUCACCACAUGGGAAGCCGAGUUCCGCUCGCAUCUGGCCAGCGCGCAGAGUGCGCUGCUUGAGGAGAUCGCGAAGGGCAACAUCACCCCCGAGCUCGAGGGCAAGAUCAAGAAGGUCGUGGAGGACCACGUCUCGUCGUUCACUUCGUAG